AUGAAUCAGAUAGAUAAAGAAAUCUAAGACAACCAAGAAAAGGAAACCAAACUAUAAUAAAAGUUAACCAUAUUAGUUAAAUCAUAACUUGCAUAAGAAUAGAUCAAUUAAUAAAAAAUAUUAAGGAUGCUACAAUUAGUAAAAGAGAGCAUUAAUAUUCUAUAACAAUUCAAAUUGAAGAGUAAAUCAUAUUAAAAGUUAAAGAGGAUUUUAAAUAACAAAAUAAUAAAAAAAAUAGAUUAAUAAAUUUCAAACAAUUAUGUAUGA